GGCACAGUAUUUCUGUAUACUGUGACUGGGGCGCUAGAUUAGGGUAUAAUUUAUAUCAAAACAAUAUUUACUCCAACUAAUUGAAAAUGCAGGUAGAUAAAAAAGUGACAUAUUUUUAUCUGAAGAAAAUGUGAUAGAAGAAGCUUAUGAGGAGGGCUUUUCACUAGGACUUGUUCAGGGAAAUCCAGAAGGAUAUCAUUUAGGCUAUCAUAGAGGUGCUGAAUUAGGUGCUGAAAUAGGUUACUAUACUGGAAUUACUGAAACAUUUUUGACACAUUAUGAAAACUCCCAGACAAGGCCAGAAAAAAUUAUUAACUCUUUGAAGUGCUUGAAAAGUUUAUUGGAUAACUAUCCAAGACUAAAUGAGGACCACAUAGAUUUGGGUGAAUCUAUAAAUAUCAUAAGAGCAAAAUUUAAAAAAAUUUGUAGUCAACUCAAAGUAAAUGUUCUUUACUCUGAAAAAGAUACUCUAUCAUUCUGAAUAUGACCUCGAAGUGUCAGUUUGUUAUGGAUCAAAUAGAAUGUUUGAUAAGUUAUUUGGAGCCUCUAUUACCUCUUGCAAAUUUUCAUAUGGUGGAUUAUUUUUCAAAGGAUGAAUUCGAAAACUUUUUAUCUAAUAGUAUAAAACAAGAAAUAAAGAAAGUUGGUCAGCAAGAAGUGAUUUCUAGUAUUUUCAAAAAUGAUUACAAAGAAAUGCCCAACUUGUGUGAAUAUGUGAACAAGUCGAAACAGUUUACACUGAAAAAUAUUCACUCAGUUUGCUUCACCACAAACAGUUUUCUGAAUCAUUUAAAAGAGUUAAGCUGUGAGGAAUUCCUGAGAUUGAGACUCAAUAUUUUCAUGACUUCCAAAAAAUCUCAUGAAGUUGAUAUUCUCAGUUGCGUGUCGGCUGCCUUGAAAAGUAUUUCUCGGACAAGUCAUCUCAUUGAUAUCGGAGAUGGGAGAGGUUACUUGAGUUCUAUGUUGGCGUUGCACUAUAAAAUACCAAUUCUUGGAGUAGAUGCUUCGGUAAUCAACACCCACAGUGCAGUCAAGAGAGUAGAAAAGUUAUCAAAAAUUUGGAACAGUGUAGUGAAAGUUGAUAACGAGAAAACGAGAAAAACCACCAAGGAUUUGUAUAAACAAAUAACUAAAUAUGUAGAUGAAGAUAUUGAUUUAGAUCAAUUGAUAACUGAUGUCUUCUUAGAAAAACCAUGUGGUUUAGGUCUUGUUGGUCUGCAUACCUGUGGAGACCUAGCGCCUACUUCCAUACGAAUAUUUUCUGCCAAUGAACAAAUCAAAACAAUAUGUAAUGUAGGUUGUUGCUACCAUUUUAUCAGCGAAAGUUUCGAAAAUGAAGGAGAUGAUAAUUUAUGCUCUACAGGCUUCCCGAUGAGUGAAUUCCUGAAACAGAAGAAGUUUGUAAUUGGAAGAUCUGCUAGAAUGAUAGCUGCACAGUCUGUUGAUAGAAUUAUGGAUGGAAAAGAUUUACCUAACAGGACUAUAUUUUACAGGGCUUUAUUUGAGGUGCUGCUUGAUAGAAAGUGCAGUUUUCUGACAAAAGAAAAGAGACAAGUUGGCCGGUUCCGAAAACAGUGUUCUGAUUUUUCAGAAUAUGUUAAUAAAGCAAUGAAAAAAUUGGAUUUGAAAAUAGAUAUAACAGAUCUGGAAAUCAAUGAAGUAUAUGAAGAACAUGAAGCUAGGAUCCAUGAGCUCAAUUUAUUUUAUCUAAUACGAGGAAUGCUGUCGCCAGUAAUAGAAAGUUUAAUUCUACUUGACAGACUUUUGUUUUUGCAUGAGCAGGGACAUGACAAUUCAUUUCUGGUUCAACUAUUUGAUCCUGUGGUUUCACCAAGGUGUUAUGGGUUAAUUGCUAUGAAAUAAUUUGGAGAUCUGCUAAAACUAUUUGCAAGGCUGCUUGGUUGGACUAAAAAAAUGGAUUUGAAUUUCCGUGAAAUUUCAAUGUUUUGGUAAAUGAAUUAGAUAUUUGAUAAUGUUCAAAAGUGUGAAUUAUGUAAUUUUAUAAUGUUUAAAAAAUAUAUUUUGGAAAUGAGUCCCUUGAAGGGGUCUUGAACACUAUUAUA